GUUAAAAGCUUAAUAAUACACGACAGUGCAGCUGCAGAUCCACGGGACAAGUCCAUCGAAAACCUCAAUCUGAUCCUCAUAGUCAACGUUUUCCAUCACGCUAAUCCAAGUCCCAAUCCCAUUCCUUAACCUUCCUCACAUAUUUUUUAAUGGGUUUCUCUUCACGAGAUUGCUGCCAUCUCCCCCCAGAUUUUAUUAUAUUAAUUAAUAAUUAUGGAUAUAUAAAACAAUCUAAUGGUAAUCUCAUUUUCUUGGUUUGCAGCAUCAAACUUGCAAGCUUGAUCUUGGGAUGUGUUAAUGGUGAUGAGAGUAUUUAGUUUUUAGCAAAUCUUGAGGUUUAAGGAUCUCCAGCUCAAAAGGGGCAAGUGCAGUGCUCCUCAAGUCUAUUCGCAGCAUCUUGUGAGGUUUUACCGGUCAUUGAGGAUCGAUUCAGAGUUGCAAAGUCUGUAUCUUAUGCUCUCCCUGCUUGAAGUAAAGAUCGGUUUUGACUGUUUCCCGAUGCGUGCCCUGUACAAUGCUGAAAUGGGAAUGUAGAGGACAACUUGGUGAAUAGAUCGAGCCGGAUCAUCAAUUAAAGAUGAAGAUGUCCUGCCUCCCGAAAUGCAGAUUAACAAAACUACUAGCUUGGCUUCAGAUUAUUUUAGGCGGGCUUGUGGUUGUCGUGAGCUUAUCGAGCCUCUUUGUGUUCUACUCUGCGGGAUUCCUUAUACAUCGCGAGGACAUAUGUCGUCACAUCUAUGGCGUUAAGGAGGUUAUCCCCGAGGGUUUUGAUGUCAGAGCACUCUCAGAUCGGGUCGAUGAAAUACUGGACAAGUUGGACAGCUUGCAGGAAAAGCUCGAGUCCAAGGUACAGCAGAUGGAGAGGAACAAGGAUGUCCUGUCAAAAUUAAACGUUACGAUGCUCGAGUAUAAGAAGUACUUGGAAGAUGAGGUAAUUAAGCCUCUCUAUAGCGUGCACAUCGGUCUAAGACAGAUCCGGCUUCCCAAGGUUGAAGGGGACAGGGCAAACGCGACCUUGAAAGAGGAUCCAUUGAUUAAUAACUUCAUAAUUGAGGAGAUAAGGAAGUAUAUAACACCGAAAGAGAACAGAGUAAAGAAGGUUAAUAUAUAUGGAAGCGAUCGAGUUUACAAUACUAUCGGCCAUGCUUGUGUACGAUACAAGAAGGAACUUGAGGAGUACAUGGAGUAUGACAUAGGAUCGUAUUGUAAGGACGACUGGGAUCUCGCCCAGAAGCUCAUGAUCAAGGGCUGUGAUCCUCUCCCGCGGAGAAGGUGCCUUACCCGGGCAUCCAAGGUCUACCAGAAGCCAUUCCCGAUCAACGAGUCUCUCUGGAGAGUGCCUGAUGAUAGGAAUAUCCGCUGGGCGAGGUAUGUGUGCAGGAACAUGAAGUGCCUCUCGAGUUCGAACACUAAGAGAGGUUACUCAAAAUGUACUGGGUGCUUCGAGAUGGAGAAGGAGAAGCUCAAGUGGGUCACCAAUAGUUCGGUCCCGGUCGAUUUCCUGAUCAAAGAUGUACUGGCGUUCAAGCCUGGCGAGAUAAGGAUAGGACUCGAUUUUGGGGUAGGGACAGGAACUUUUGCUGCAAGGAUGAGAGAACAGAAUGUCACAAUUAUCUCGACCGCCUUAAAUCUCGGUGCCCCAUUCAAUGAGGUGAUCGCACUCCGAGGUUUGAUCCCUCUGUACAUAACGCUGAACCAACGGCUGCCCUUCUUCGACAACACAAUGGAUCUGAUUCACACAACUGGGUUCCUGGAUGGUUGGAUCGAUCUAUUGCUGAUGGAUUUUAUACUGUUUGAUUGGGAUAGGGUGUUGAGGCCAGGAGGUUUGCUGUGGAUCGAUCGGUUCUUCUGCAGCAGGAAAGAUCUCGACGAUUACAUGUAUAUGUUCCUUCAGUUCAGGUACAAGAAACACAAGUGGUCAAUCUCUCCAAAAUCGAGCGACGAGGUCUAUCUCUCUGCGGUGCUCGAGAAACCUCCGAGGGCGAUAUGAGUCGAAGUUUGUGUUGUUUCAUGAUUACUUUUGCUUUCCUCUUUUGUCACUAGGUCUGAGGCUGUUCAUAUACUUGUUAUGGAAAGGAUAGACAGUUAACGACAUGCGAAAUCUUCUUUUCAACCCGAAAACAUCGGUGCAUUGCUCCUUAAAAAUUAGAAGAGUAACGUAAAUUUAAUUGUUUGUAUGUUACAAAGGUAUAUUUCACGCCUCGCUAGUCCAUUCAUGCAU